UUCCCUGGCUCCUCCUCCCAGCGCCCUGCGAUCCAUGUGAUCUGGCCGGGAUCGGCCGCCCCCGGGGUUCCCCUCGGGCAGGGACGGUCGCCUAGGCGGAUGGCUUUGCGCUGCUGGCGCUCUGUGUGCAGAGCGGCGCUGGGAAGGGCGCUGCGAGCCGGCGCCGAGCAAAGCAGGGCCGGGUCCGGCCGCUUGUCCAGCCUAAGCCGCGGCUUUGCCACCGCAGCCGCCGGGCUCCAUCAGCCGACAUCUCCCUCAUUUGGAUUCCUCUUUGAUAUUGAUGGAGUGCUUUUACGGGGCCGGUUAGUCAUUCCCGCUGCAAAGAAGGCAUUCCAGAAACUAACAAAUGUGAAGGGCCACUUCCAUGUGCCAGUUGCAUUUGUAACCAAUGCCGGGAAUUGUUCUCGGGAUAGCAAAGCUGAGGAACUGACGGAAGCCCUUGGAUUUAAGGUAUCUCCUGAAUCGGUAAUCCUUUCCUAUAGCCCACUGCAACUUUUCCACCAGCUCCAUGACAAGUGUGUGCUUGUGUGUGGACAAGGUCCUGUGGAACAAAAUGCCAGGGACUUGGGAUUUCACCAUAUUCUCACCAUUGAAGACAUCAGGAAAGCAUUUCCUUUGUUGGAUAUGGUUGAUCAGACGAGGCGACCUAAAGAACUGCCUCCUCCAACCGUUGACUUUCCCGCCAUAGAAGGAAUAAUUCUGUUGGGGGAGCCAGUAAGGUGGGAGACUUGUCUUCAGUUGAUUAUUGAUAUACUCCUGAGCAAUGGAAAUCCAGGAGUAGAGUUCGCUUCUGCGCCAUAUCCACAUAUACCUAUCGUUGCUUGCAACAUGGACCUCUUAUGGAUGGCAGAAGCCAAGAUGCCAAGGUUUGGCCAUGGCACCUUUCUUGUCUGCUUGGAGAACAUCUACAAGAAAAUGACAGGGAAAGAACUGAAGUACGAGGCCCUGUUAGGCAAGCCCAGCACUGUUACUUACCGCUAUGCUGAACACGUGCUCAAGCAGCAGAUGGAGAGUUGUGGCUGGUCAUCCCCUCUUCGCCAACUCUAUGCUAUUGGGGACAAUCCAAUGGCUGAUAUUUAUGGUGCCAACCUCUACCACCGCUACCUCCAGACUCAGGCUGAAGUCAAUGUAACUGCUAUGGCAGCAGAGAAGGAGAAACAUCUGGAGACCCAGAGAGACUGCAAUAUCUCGGUCAGCUCUGCAAAGAGCUGCCAUUCUAUCCUAGUUUGCACCGGGGUCUACAAUCCUCAUGGAGACAUCCCUACUGACCCCGAGAACAUCCUGAAGACUCUAUCCCACGGGCAUCGUGACUUCCAUUUUGAUCCCUCCUUGGUGGAAGCUUCUUAUGUUGUUCAUGAUGUGAAUGAUGCUGUGGAACUUGUAUUUCAAAAAGAGAAUUGGAAACAAGAUUGACCAACAUAAUGCCAGCAGCAUCUGAUGUGGGGAUGCAAGAAAACUUGACCUUUUUCUUGUUUAACUCAUGCCAAAAUGAAAGAAAAUCCUCCAACUCCUUUUGUUUUUGUAGGGAUUAUACUAAACAAUUUUUCAAACCCUGAAAUGGUCAAUUAUGUAGUUUAAAAUUAAUCCCCUUUGCUAACGUUGACUUGGCCACAGAGGCAUAAGGACUACUUAAUUGAACGGAUCACUUGGUGAUCCCAUAGGAUGCACACAUCUGUGAGAUUUUAAAACUCUUCUUUUGCCUAAAAUACAAUCAGUCAUUGAAUAAUCCCA